AUGCGAAAGGCAGGCGGCGCGGCACACAAGGUGACAGACACGGCGCACGAGGGCCUUUGCCCACAUACUCCCGUGGCGAGACGCAUGCCACCAUCCAUAGCCAUCUGCAAGUUGACACCCUCGUUGGAGGGCAGGACACCCACCCGUAACCCUAGCGCAAUUUACCCACCCACGCCCAGUGGGCAGACUGGACAGACGGGUACAGACCGGGGUGUCGGCGACCCUCGUCGGCGAGUCCCACCAGUCAAGCCCUCUCCAACCGUCUCCCCCUCGAUUCGUCUGGUCUGGUGGGAUUUGGGCCAUGGGAGUCCAUCCCGGGCGUUGGAGUGUGGUCAUAACGAGAGAAAGAUCGAAAAGUCGCACGGACAGAGCAGAAAGGAGCUGUGUAAGAAAAGAGAAAGGAAAGGCAAGGAAAGGAAACCUACGCCAAACACCGAGGCCGACGACGUCGAACAAGAAGACCUUGGGAGGAUAAAGAACAUUCUCAAGAAGGAACCAACGACUUUUACCCGUCGAUCUUUCCGCCUGCCGCACCAUUUCUCAGCCCGUCGCUUUCCUUUCCAGACAAAGCCCAACGGUCCACGGCAAGCACCACCACCACCACCACUCCGUGCCUUCCACCACCAACCGCACCUCCCCCACGACUCAAGUAAGGAACGCAAUCCGAAGGGAAAGUGCGACCCAGUCAUCAUCGCCCCUCCUUCCUUCCCGUUCGCACUGGCAUCAGCCUGGUCCCGGUAA